UUUUCGGACCACUUAUUUAUUUAGGUGACGAUCCGACCUCCAUGCUGCUACUCUGGUUCAAACUGCAUCCACCAAACAAUGUGAUUUCUCCACCUCCCCAAAAGAACCAACAUCUGACUCAGUGUGAGAUGUCUUUUUUAGCUGUUCUGUCCUCAUUUCCUGCAAUCUUCUUCAUGCAGUCAUCAGAAUGAAUCUCCAUCCUCUCCAUCAGUUCAGAGCAACUUUAACAGACGGUGACAUCAUCAUCAUGCUGGCUUUCCUCUGCCUGCUGGGCCUGGCUCUGGUUGCUGUGUCUUCUUCAGAUGACCCUCCAAUGGAGCUACAGCAAGACGCCUGUCCCUCCUUCUGGUUCUCCUUCAACGGCCGCUGCUACAAGUACUUCAACACAGAGACGACCUGGGCUGAUGCAGAGCUCCACUGUGUGUCCCAGGGAGGCAACCUGGUGUCUCUCCACAGCACAGAGGAAGAGGACUUUGUCCAAUUCCUGGUCGAAAGCUCUGACCCUGCUGAGGGAGCAACAUGGAUCGGACUCCAUGACAUGGCCAAAGAAAGAAGAUGGAUGUGGUCUGAUGGGUAUGAUUGGUAUAGAGGAGAACCCAACAACAGACGAGGUGAAGACUGUGUUCACAACAACUGGAGGGGGAAGUGGAACGAUGCGCCUUGUUCAGAUACUCUCCCCUCAGUUUGUGCAUCUCGCACAACUUGUCCUUAA